UGAAAGUAAGACAAAAUUUUGUCUGAUAAAAAAUUGAUUUGGUACCUGUCAACAAUAAAACUCGGUCAGCGCCAGUGAUUUUCAAAUAAUCGGUGAAAAGUAACCGGUGUAUGUGAACCGGUGAUAUAUCGACCACCUCUAGUGUCAAAUGUCAAAUUAAAGGCUGCGUGUCAAAUGUGAAAGUUGUCAAUUUUAUUUCUAUCACAGGAAAAUUUUCUUGUAUAGAUAAAUAAUUAUUGUGAAAAAUAGAAACCUAUAAAUAAUUGGAAAUAAUAAGUAUAUUGUUAAGUUAAAAUGUUCGAAAUAGAAAUAGUUGGAGAAGAUCAAGAAACUUUAAAUAUUUUACCAGAAGAACUCGAUACAAUUUGUCGUUUGUGUCUCAAUAAAAAUGGUUCAGUUUUAUUAUUUGAGAGGAAACGUAAAAAGAAAGUCGUAGGAAAAUUCAAUAAGCUACUUUCCUAUUUGUCUUUACUACAAGUAGAAGAAGAUGAUGGUAUGCCGCAAAAAAUAUGCAACACUUGUACGACUCUAAUAAAUGAAUUUUACUAUUUUAAAGAACAAGUAAAUGCUUCUCAAGUUAUCUUGAAAAUAGCUUUGGGCAAAGUAAAUAUACAAAAAGAAAUAACUAAUGUUAAUAUUGAAAAGGAAAAUGUAAAAAUUGAUAACACAGAAAAGUCAGAUGGUAUCUGUAAGGAAGAAAUCGAAAUGAUUAGCGAUAUAAAUGAAAUAAAAGUAGAACAUAGUGAUAUUGAAUCGGACACAAUUGAGAAUUGUGAUUAUGUAAAUGAUUAUGUUGAUAAUUUUGUCGAAGUAAAACCUAUAAUACAAGAAAUUACUGAAGAAAUAUCAAUAAAAACAGAACAGAACGUAAAAGAAGUACCAGGAUAUACAUGUAUAACUUGCGGAGAAACAUUUAUCGAAAGAAAGGAGUUUUUAAGUCAUAGACGUAAAGAAAGAUACAUAAAAAGGAGAAUGAAUUCAAAUUUGAGACGGAUAUCAUGUCCUGUUUGUAAAAAAAUGGUAGUCAAAGAUCGGAUGGAAGACCAUAUGAAUGUACAUACCAAAACGAAACCACAUGUAUGUGAGAUUUGUGGUAAAAGUUUUGCUAGUAAGCCAAAUUUAUACACCCACAAAGUUAUACAUAGAGAAGUAAAACCUCACGUUUGUGAAAUAUGUGGAAGGGGUUUUACCCAAAUGCCUUCUUUGAAAGACCACAUGAGAUGUCAUAAUAAUGAAAAAUUGAUCUGCCAUAUUUGUGGAUAUGAUACAUUGACAAUGAGCGCUUUUAGGUGUCACCAGAGAAAACACUUGAAGAAUAAAGAUUACGGUAUAAAUGCACCUAAAAUUGGAAUAUCAAGACGCAAUCAAUAUCCAAAGAAAAAAGUUUGUGACAUUUGUAACAAACAAUUUCUGACAUAUCAGCGAUUAGCGGUUCACAUGUACGUCCACAAAGGAGAAAAACCAUACAAAUGUACGUUAUGUGACUCUAGAUUUGUGCAAGUGGGUCAAUUGAAUUGUCAUAUGAGGAUACACACGGGAGAAAAGCGAUAUGAAUGCAGUUAUUGUGGAAAAAAGUUCACUAUAAAUGGGAAUCUACAGCAACACAUUAAAAUACAUACUGGGGAAAAGCCUUUUUCUUGUGGCGUAUGCCAAAAAUCUUUUGUAACAAAUAGUAGUCUAACAAAACAUAAAAGAGUUCAUGACAAGAUAUGGAGUGUUACGACGGACAAGUAAUGUUAUUUUUAACAGACACGUUAUUUGUAAACAGGUUGUUAUUUAUGUGUUUAUAAAAUAACAGACCUGUUAAAAAUAACACAGGUUGUCAAUCAUAACCCCCUGUUUCUUCUGAUACACAAAAUCCAUCAAUGAACUAAAAUAUAUUAUUUUAAUGGAAUUAGUUUAGUAUUUAAUUUAUUUUGUUAUGCUUUAUUAUAAUCUUCUCAGUCUGUGUAGACUUUGUUGUUUAUAUCAUAUAGCUAUUUUUUAUGAUCUAGAGAGUAAUUAAAAAAUAAAAUAUUGAUCAAUCAUAGAUAA